GCACUGCCCCUGAGCCUAGGAUUCGGCCCCCGAAUUUCAUUCGUCGGCUCGGAGUUGAGAGCUCAGCUCUACGGAUAGCUCUUUUUUCCCCAUUUACGUACAAUUUCCUAUUAAUACUCGGAACCGGACUCGCACUGCUUGAGUUUACUCUAAAUUUUGUCCAUCAUGACGUCGCCCUUUGAAUCUUGCAGCCAGCUUGGAGCCUUUUGUGAUCAUGGGACUGCUGUUGAGGGGAAGAAUACUCGUUGGAGAAAUCCUGGGCACAAAAGACGAAUGGCCCACUGGCCCCAGCCAGAUUGAAAAGAGGCGACUAGGCUGGUAUCUCCGCUUCGCCGGCGAACUGGCCCUCACCAUCCUCCCCAUCAGCUUCAUCAUACUAGCAAUCCUCGCGGCCAAGCUCGAUGGCCAGCCGCUCUCGAACUACGGUCAGAACGUGGUCGACGCAACACGGCUCGGCCCCUCGAUCUACCCCAUCAUCUUCACCGCGGUAGCCAGCCGUUUCUACCGAAGCGUUGCGCUGUGGACCGCGGCGCGGCCCCGCGGCAUCAGCAUCGGCGCCCUCGAACAGCUUUUGGGGAGUCAGAGCUUUGCAGGGACGGUUGUGCGGCUCCUCGAGGUACGGACGCAUAUCAUCCUGGGCCUUCUCAUCUUUUCAACAUGGGCGCUGUCCCCGGUCGGCGGGCAAAGCUCGUCACGGCUGAUCGAGACGGCGAGCAACGUGACGACGGACACGGCAACAAUCUACCACUCGUCGACCGACGGCCUGACGGCGCUGAUUUCCGCGUCCGACAAGGCGGUGAACCAGGCAGCAGUCAACACGCUCUACUCUGCGAGUCUCCUGGCGUCGGGGCUGCAGAAGCAGUCGCGAUCCGACAUGUGGUCGCGGCCCAAGAUCCCGCACCUGCUGCCGGCGUACCGGUUCCCGCGCAACAGUACCACCGAGUACACGUGGCAGCACGUCGACGCCGCCGCCAUGCAAGCUGACAGCUACGCCUCGCUGCUCGGCAUCAAGGUCCAGGGGAUGCGGGACCUGGCAGCGCAAAACAACUACUACAACUUCACGGCCGAGGCGUCGUACGCAGACUUUGACUGCGCUCUGGUCGGGCACGACAUGCCUAUCAACGCCAGCAUCCUGACCUUUCUCAACGUAAGCGACUACGAGCCGACGCUGCGGGCCAACAUGUUCGUCCCGAAGCAGCCCAACGCGACGGAGCGCUCCAGCUUCUUCAUGGCGGCCGACGUGUGGCGGUGGAACCGGGCGGGCCGCCUCGACAGCGCGCUGCACGUCGUCUACGGCUCCAAGUCGACCAACGCCAACGACGUAUACUCGCUCUUCAACUGCACGGUGCACAACGUGGCGGUGGAGCUCAACAUCGGCUGCUCGGCAGCAGACGGCUGCGGCGUGACACGGCUACGCCUCUCACAAAACGCAACCUGGUCGCCGCCGACACUCAUGGCGUGGACGCAGGCCAACCCAGGCAUCACGAACCUGCUCAGCGCGUUCCCGCUGGCGGCCGGGUUCACGGACCGCUACUCGGCGUCACCAACCGACAACUUCGUGCGCGGAUCGACCGAGUUCCCGUACGCGACGUGGUAUCCGAGCGCGUGGGCGGGCGUGCCGCUGGCAGACGUCUCGCGCCGCCUCACGACCGCCUUCAACACCU